UUGCGCAGCUGGUCACACCAGAGCAACAUAGCAAAAAUAUUAAAAAAAAUUGUAAUAAUAAAAUAUAGUAAAGAGUCAAUUUAGUGCAAUUACUUGCAAUAAAAACCCAAAUCCUAGGUAGAGUUAAGAUUGGCUUGUCCUUGCGAACGGAAGCCCGACCUUAUAACAGUAAAAACCCCAUCUAAACAAAGGAAAGCAAAAGUAUCAAAAUGUCGGAAAUGCAAAUGGAUUGUGCUUUGGAUCUGAUGCGGCGCCUGCCUCCCCAGCAAAUCGAGAAGAACCUGAUUGACUUGAUAGAUUUGGCACCCGAUUUGUGCGAGGACCUGCUGUCCUCGGUGGAUCAGCCCCUGAAGAUUGCAAAGGACAAGGAGCACGGCAAGGAUUACCUGCUGUGCGACUACAAUCGGGACGGGGACUCCUACAGAUCUCCCUGGUCCAACUCGUACUAUCCCCCGUUGGAGGACGGCCAAAUGCCCUCGGAACGACUGCGAAAGCUGGAAAUCGAGGCCAACUACGCGUUCGAUCAGUACAGGGAGAUGUACUACGAGGGAGGGGUAUCCUCGGUGUACUUGUGGGACCUGGAUCACGGCUUCGCCGCUGUUAUCCUGAUCAAAAAGGCGGGCGAUGGCAGCAAGAUGAUCCGCGGCUGCUGGGACUCCAUUCACGUGGUGGAAGUCCAGGAGAAGACCACGGGCAGAACGGCCCACUACAAGCUCACCUCCACGGCAAUGCUGUGGCUGCAGACCAACAAACAGGGCUCGGGCACCAUGAACCUGGGCGGAUCGCUGACCCGACAGCAGGAACAGGAUGCCAACGUCAGUGAGUCCUCGCCGCACAUUGCCAACAUUGGCAAAAUGGUCGAGGAGAUGGAGAACAAGAUCCGGAACACCCUCAACGAGAUCUACUUUGGCAAGACCAAGGACAUUGUGAACGGACUAAGGAGCACGCAGUCGCUGGCCGACCAGCGCCAGCAGGCAGCCAUGAAACAGGACCUGGCAGCGGCCAUCCUGCGACGCAAUGUCAAGCCCGAAUCGAACUGAGCACUGAGCGGCUAAAGGCUGAAUUUCCACAAUAAACAACCACAGAUCUAGACUAUGAGGAGGUCCUUCAAACACGACUGUGCCCCAGAAGAGUGUAAUAUUAUGCGAAUUGCCAGGCGCUGCAGCCAUCCAAAUAUUAUUCCAAUGAAAGCCGCUACGAACUCGAAUCAUUUCCAUAAUAUUUGGGCUGCAUCCAGCCAAUUCCCCAAUAUUCACUCUUUAUCGAACAGAGAAGGACUUCGCUUAGCCUCGAUUAAAGCAGACUAAAAUAUUAAAUACGCAUUUCUAGGCAGUAAAUUUGUUACACGAGAAAAUUGUUACACCACGAGAAACAUAUUAAUGUAAAUUUGCCCGCCCGUUUCAACUGUCCUCCCAUAUUGUUGCAAUUUAGAGUCGCGCUUCAUCCGCAGUUCAGCCGAAAAUGCCAACUUCGCCGCCCCUCAAGAUCUAGUAUCCAUAAGUAUUUGUAUCUUAUUUGUAAUAAUGCAUAUUUUGUACCGAAGUCGAGGCACUUGAGUUUCGUCCUUAAUUCUUCCGCGAAUAAAUAUUGUGUUUAUUAAUUGUGGCUUUGUGUUUAUGUGUACUCUAACAGUAAGGAGCUCGAAGCAAAAAUAUUAACUGAAAUCGCUUUGUGAUUGUAUUAUCUGAAGAAAUGCACAUUACCUUAUCAUCUUUACUUAAUAUUUUUUUAACUAAAAUUCGGAAGGCAGAGAAAUUUUAUACAAAGAGAAAACUAAUAAAUAUUAAACUAUA